GACCUUUCUCAAAAAUAAACCCUCUUCGAAUCAAACUUCGGAUUUCUGUUUUCCUUCCUCACUCUAUUCACCCCAUUUCUCAUCUCUUUGGGGUCGAUUUUGCGGUGAUCGUGUUUGUGCAUUCAGACAGGAGUUGAUUUCUGUUUUCCUUCCUCACUCUAUUCACCCUAUUUCUCAUCUCUUUGGUCGAUUUUGCGGGGAUCUUGUUUGUGCAUUCAGACAGGAGUUGAUAUCUUCAACUAUUCCUUCUUUCUGUUGUUGGCUCUUCUCGCUCCAAACUGAAAUAAACCAUUUUGUGUGUUUACUGGGGAAACUCUAAUGGCCGCCAAGGCAUCUUUAAUGAUGCCAUUUAUGUUAAUUGGUCUCAUUGGUGUUGUUUGUGCUUCUGUCUAUGAUGAUCAGUUUUGUGGCCAUGCUACUCUCUUUGAUGCUGCUGGUGCUUCUUUUUUAGGAGGGGCAAGUGGUAAUGGGAAUUACGGAGCUAACACUGCAUUACUAGACGAAACUUCCUAUAAAAAUGGUUUGAUGCAUAAUGCUUGCUUUAGAAUAGACUGCGCCUGUAAGCCUCGGUGUAAGUCAGUGACCACUAAUGUUACUAUUACUGGCCAUUUCCGACCAAAUUCUACUUUUUCCUGCAAUAAUGGAUCGGGCAACCCUUUGCUACAAUUCUUAUUGCAAAAAGGAACCUUGCUGACAAUCGCUAAUGACAAAGUUACCGAUACUCCAGUGAAUGCUAGAAGGGCGUUGUGUGGGCGAGUAGGGGGCAUAAAGUUUACAAUCACAGGCCACGAUAACUUCACCCGGGUUUUGCCAGAAAAUAUGGCAGGUGCAGGGAAUAUUAAAAAACUGUUUAUCAAAGGGUCAGGAGAUAAGUGGCAACUCAUGCAAUGGGAUGGGGACGGAUACUGGCGGAUCAACUGCUCCUUCAUUGGAGAAAGUCUCUCUUUUCGGAUCAUUGCCGGUGACGAUGCAAGAUUGUCAUGCAACACUGUAUUCGACGCCCAGUGGACUCCUGGCCAAACUAAUGACACUACUGGGUGUCAGUUUAAUCCGAGUGGGACACACAACUAAAGUUGGCAGGCAGUCUUUUUCCUUAUAUAUACAGAAUCUCUAUGCUUCAGUUUUCCCCAAGUUAGCAUCAGAGACUUUGCUUUAAUACGUGAUUGAAUUUUGUGGAAUGUUCAUAUUUAGUUAUUUUUAUUUCCAUUCUGUUGAAAGAUCAUUUAACCAACUUUACCUGGUGGGAUGACCCAUGAUUGUUGUAGUUUUGUAGAAAGAUUAUUCUAUCAAAAGGAAAAUCGAGUUCUACCG